AUGACUGCUGGAGAAGUUCGGGGACAUAUUAGGAGAAACCCAGAUUACCCAGAGCACUUCUAUGGAUUCAUGAAAGGAAUCAGGGGCUCUGCUGCUUACUGGAAUGCUUCAAAACUAGAUUUACUUGCUCUGAUAAAUGCUAAAGGUCCAAUGACUUGGUUUUUAACAUUAAGUGCAAAUGACAUGAACUGGGAUGACUUGAUGGUGGUUUUAUGUCAACAGUUAAAUUUGCCACAUUCAAAAGAGGACAUAGCUAAGUUGACUCGGCAACGGAAACGACAACUUAUGGUAGAAAAUCCAGUAACCACAGCAAGACACUUUUGUAGGCGGGUUCAUCACAUAAUUCACUCUUUCAUUUUGUCUGAUGAACAACCAUUGGGAAAAGUAACAGAUUAUUUUUGGAGAAUAGAAUUCCAAAUGCGUGGAUCUCCUCACUUGCAUUCCCUUUGGUGGAUUCAAGAUGCUCCAGAUUUGGACACAGAUGAAGGACGACAGCAAGCACCAGCUUUUAUUGAUAAAUAUAUUUCCACCAAAAUUCCAGUAGAUGAUUUGUUGAUGAAAAGAAGAGUUGAUGCACUUCAGAAGCAUUCUCAUACCCGUUCAUGUCAAAAGUAUUUGAACAAUAAGCAAGGAUUUUGUCGUUUUGGAUAUCCUCAACCACUGUCAAGUCAAACAGUAAUGAAAAAUGCAAUUGAUAUGAAGCGUAGCCCACAUUGUUAUACAAUUAAGAGGCAGCCUGGUUCUGAAAACAUAAACCCAUACAAUCCUGAUUUGUUACGUGUAUGGAAUGCCAAUAUGGAUAUUCAACUGGUAGGAAGUGUUUAUGGAGCGGCUAAGUAUGUCUGUUCAUAUAUUUGUAAGCCAGAGAGUGAUGAGGUUUCAAAAUGUGUGAGGGAAGCAGUUUCAAAGUUACCAUCAAAUUCCUCUACUAUGAAGCAGCUUUCAACCAUUGGAAAUGUCUUUCUAACUCAUCGUCAGCUCAGUGCUCAAGAGGCAGCUUUUAAAAUGUGUGGUUUACCUCUUCGUGCUUCUUCAAAGUCCACUUUAUUUAUCAAUGCUAGACCUCAGUAUGAAAGAAGCAAACUUCUUAAGCCAAAAGCACGUUUGACCAAUUUAGAUGAUGACAGUGAAGAUAUAUUCUGUUCAAAUGUAUUCCAUCGUUAUAAGAAUAGGCCUCUUAAUGAUGAGUUCAAUAACAUGACACUGGCUUCAUUUGCAGCUUGGUAUAUUCCAACUAAAGAAAGAAAGAUAAACUGCCAUGAAUUGCUUCAUGGUUUAGGGUUCAUUAAGAAAAGGGUGCACGAGUGUUUAGUCAGAACACCAAAGUUUUCUUUUGAACAAGAUGGUGACAAAUACUAUUUUUCACUGUUGAUGUUAUAUCUGCCAUGGCGUUGUGAAGAAAACAUUUUACAAGGAUACUCUACAGCACAGGAAGCUUUCAAAAAUUUACAUUGUCUAUUGCAAUGCCCAAACAGCAACAGAUAUGCAUUAGAAAUUGAAAAUGCUAUCAAACAAAUACAAUCCUUGGAAGAUCGUGUGAUGCAAAAUUACAUUGCUCCUGCUGUUGCACUAAAUAUUGAAGCUCUUGAUAAUGACAUACCACAGAGUGAAAACACAGUUAUGGAUGAUCCAGAUCAGGUCACUUUGUAUGAAGAGCCAUUGUUUACAGAUGCGACUGGACACCAGGAAAAUGAACAGCAUUUGAAUAAUGUAAUAACUGGUAAUGCAGAUGAUGUUGAACUUAAUCAUAUUGCUCUAACACGCUUGUCGGAUGAGGAAUACAAAGAGAAAAUCAAUAAUUUAAAUUCUCAGCAGUUUAAAGUUUUUCAUAUUAUCUGUGAUUAUUUCCAAAAAGUUAAAUCCUUUGAUGAUGGACAGGUAACAACUGCACCUGCACCUAUUAGAUUGUUUGUUAGUGGUUUUGGGGGGACUGGAAAAUCGCAUUUGAUUCAACUUGUACGUGAAGCCAUUGUUCGUUUUUCUCUUCACAAAGCGACAAAUGAUUCACCGCCUGUGAUUGUUUUAGCCCCAACAGGGAUGGCUGCAUUCAAUAUUCAAGGAUUAACAAUUCAUAAUGCUUUGAAUUUACCUGUACAGCAUAGAUCUUCUCCUAAAUAUAUCCCUCUGAAGGGAGAACGUCUUGCUGAGAUGAGGCAUGCUUUCAGAAAUACCACUACCGUCAUCAUCGAUGAAAUAAGUAUGGUAUCAUACCAAACAUUUCUGCAUAUUCACCAACGUUUGAACGAUAUCAAAUGUGUACCAGAUCAUUGUUCCUUUGGAAACAUGAAUGUGAUAACUUUAGGUGAUUUUUACCAACUUCCACCAGUAUCACCAGGAAAAUUCGUCUUCAUGGGAGAAUCAGAAUACAUUCAUAAAUGGCGUGAUCUGUUUACAAUGGUAGAAUUAACGGAAAACAUGAGACAGAAAGAAGACAAACUUUAUGCUGACAUACUCUUUCGUAUUAGAACAGCAACACAUUCUGCUGAAGAUGUUGAGAAACUAUGUAGCAGGGUAACAACAGUCAACAGUGAAAUAGAUUGUCAGAGGGAGCCAUUUGUAAAUGCACUGCACUUGUAUCCAACUCUAAAGAAGUGUGAAACUCACAAUGAAAAAAGAUUGAAUACAUUUAGUAACAAAACCACAAUCUACAGGAUUUCUGCUCAGCAUGCAAUCCAUCAUUCCAAUCAGAAUAGUUUGAAGAGAUCUUUAUCUAUACCUGGCAAUCUUAUUCCUGAGGAUGACAGAGAAUGUGCUGGUUUAUCUAAAGAAAUAAGAUUGUGUGUAGGUGCAACUGUUAUGUUGUGUAGGAACAUAAACACCAGUGAUGGCAUGGUAAAUGGUGCGCGUGGAGUUGUGACUGGAUUUGUAUGGAAAAAUGGAGAAUUGCCGAAAAAUGCUGACGAUGGAUUUAUGCCACAAGAAGUGAUGGUGAAAUUCUUCGAUCAAAAAGUUGGAAAGAUUUCGAAAGUAGCAACAGGUAGAGAAUCAAUUUCAAUUCAACCAAUUACUGCUGAAUUUUAUGCAAAAGGAACCUUAAAUACUAUUCUGCUGAGAACUCAAUUCCCAUUAUGUUUAUCAUGGGCUGCUACAAUACACAAGGUUCAAGGUGUUACUUUGAAACAUGCAGUUGUUGAUAUUGGAAGUGAAGUGUUUAGUUCUGGAAUGGCAUAUGUUGCACUGAGUAGGGUGAAGAGUUUAAGUGGACUAGCUCUUCUUUUUCUGGAUGAUGACAAAAUUGUAUGUGACAAAAAUGUUGAUGAUGAAAUGAAAAGAUUACGGAUUGCAUCCUUAUCUUCUAACAAGGAGAAGUCAGAGGAGUAA